AUGGCCGAUAGUGGCGCUCCAAAACGACCUGUUAAACAAACUGAAAAACUACUAAGUGCUUUACAAUCAUUAAAUGAUAAUCCAUUAUCGAUUGUUCGAGAUUUACAAUUAGGAUUUGUUGAUGGCGUUAAUGAAUUAACAGGUAUAUUAAUCGGUCCAGAUAAUAGUGAUUAUGUUGGUGGUCAUUUUCGUUUUUCGAUGCGUUUUCCACCUCAAUAUCCUUUUGUGCCACCAGAUUUUACCAUUCUUACUGCUAUAUGUCAUCCAAAUGUGGAUUCCAGAACUGGUACAGCAUGUCAUGAUGCGCUUUUGAGUACAUAUGAUCCACAUAUGACACUUAAAAAUCUACUAACUGAAAUUCAUAAUUUAUUAGCUCAACCGAACUACGAUGUACCUCUUGAAAAUGACACACUUGAAAAAACUCGAGAAAAGGCUAGUGAAUGGACAAAAUCUUUUGCUCAACCAUCACAAUAA